AUGGCGUCCUCCUCGCAAGACCCGCAAGGCACCAGCGAGCCUCCCAAAAAUCGAUACCGGAGUUUUGCGGGCAUACGCGAACACAACAAUGUCACUUUCCACAUCGCUGGAUGCGCCUACUUCUGGGCCAUCUCGGAAGCACUGGAGAGAGCCAGAGAGUCGGUCUGGAUCAUGGGAUGGUGGGUAUCGCCAGAAGUCUACCUCCGACGACCUCCUUCGAGAAACGAAGGCUACCGGCUCGAUCGGAUGCUGAAAGCGGCGGCCCUUCGCGGCGUGAAGGUCAAUGUGGUCGUCUACAAGGACAUUCCUGGAGCCAUGUGCUUGAACUCGCAACAUACAGAGGACGUCCUGCACAACCUCGACCCGAACAUCUCCGUUCUCCGCUAUCCCGAUCACAACCCCAUGCGUGGUUACCCUCCGUCGCACCCGAGUAAUCAGAAACAUGCCGCGCGAGGAGAUGUUGGGCUUCGCAAACUGUCCGACUCGAGACUCGAGCGAUUCUUUGAUCAUGAGGGUUACCCGGGGCUGGCCUGGGCUCAUCACGAGAAGCUGGUCAUUGUCGACCAACAGCUUGCAUUCAUCGGUGGCCUCGAUCUUUCCUUUGGACGAUGGGACCCCGUUCAACAUCCAAUCGCCGACUCUCAUCCAUGCAAGGUCCACCCCACUGUCUUCCCCGGCCAGGACUACAACAACGCCCGAGUUGCGAACUACACGGACCUCGAACACUGGGAGAAGAACAACCUAGACCGGUCAGUUACGCCACGCAUGGGCUGGGAGGAUAUCUCGGUCAGCCUGACCGGGCCUGUCGUCGUCGAUCUCUGUCAUCAUUUUGUUGACCGAUGGAAUUUCGUCUGCAAAAGAAAGUAUUUCUCGUCGACGUCAAGGAAGCCUCUCCCGCCGCCAAAGCCAUUCCUGCCGGAUCCCUAUGCCGACAUUGGGACAAUGGACUGUCAGAUCGUGCGAAGCGCUACCGGGUGGAGCCAUGGCAUCCUCACGGAGUACAGUCUCUGUAAUGCCUAUCUCGAUAUCAUUGCCAAGAGCGAGCACUUUGUCUACCUCGAGCAGCAGUUCUUCAUCACCUGCGCUGGAGGCGAAGACGAGACUGUCUGGAAUAAGGUCGGUGAAGCCUUCGUAUCGCGCAUUCUGCGGGCUGCGCGCGAGAAGAAGCGAUACAAGGUCAUUGUGGUCUUGCCUGCAUUGCCUGCUUUUCCAGGAGACAUCAACGCGCCUUUCAAAGGCAAUAUACCGCGCGCGCUCAUGAAGCUGCAAUUCAAUUCCAUCAACCGUGGUGGCUCGAGCGUCUUUGACAGACUCAAGCAAGCCGGUCUCAAUCCCGACGACUACAUCCGCUUCUUCAACUUGAGGAGCUACGACCGCCUCAAGCCCCAGUGCCUGGCUGAAGAUUUCCUCAACCCGUUCGGACUCCACGUCAAUAGCGAGGCUGGAGCGCCAAAGGCACCAGAUGUCGCAGCCGGAACUCAACCACCUUCUGAAGCCCAAUGUACGUCCGACUAUAACUGGGAUACCGUCAGUUCCUGUUGCAUGCUGCACGGGCCAGACAUUAGAACGGCUCCUUGGCCAUAUAACGCCGCUUUAUCGGAAGUAGACGCCUUCGUCCAAGAGGAAGUAUAUGUCCACAGCAAGCUAUUAAUCGCGGACGACAAGGUAGUUCUCUGCGGCUCCGCGAAUCUGAAUGACCGGUCACUCAAGGGAGGCCGGGACUCUGAGAUUGCGGUCGUCGUCGAGGAUACACAUGAGCUGGCUUCGACUAUGCAUGGUCAGGACUUCCAGGCGAACUGGUUCGCUGCCAUUUUCCGCCGAUACCUCUGUCGAAAGCACCUGGGUCUUCUGCCGCCGCAAGACAUGCGCAUUCCGGGCGACUACUUCAUUCCUGCGCCCGCUUUCAGUGCGUAUGACUUUGGCUCUCAGGAAGAUCUUCUUGUACGGGAUCCGUUGAGCGAUGAUUUUCUCAAUUACUGGGACCAGGUCGCGCGGCGGAACACAUUGGCGUUCCGCAAGGUUUUUAACUCCCUUCCAGAUAACGGUGUGAAGGACUGGAACGAUCUUCGCUCGGCAGCCUUGAAGACUACCCCCGGACAUGUUUGCAAAGCCAACUUCUCCACCGGCGAGCAGGCGAUACAUGAGAUCAAGGAAGAGCUCUCGGCGAUCAAGGGGACUUUGGUUGAGAUGCCGUUGGAAUUUCUGGCCAAUUGUGAUAUUCAGCCAGAGGGCGCGGCAUACAAUAUGUUCACCAGGCCGGGGUUGACCUAG